AUGGGAAAUUUGCUAGUCUAUCACUUUCAUGUAAUUGAAUGUUUCAUAAGAAUCGUAUUAAUUUUCAAUGCCUUUGCAGUUCCACCGGAGAAGCCAGUGGUGGUUGAUCGAUGGGGGCGUGUCAUCAAUACAACGACCCUUGGUCCUCAUGAGGAAGGAGACGACGUCCUUCUUACAUGUCGUGUACUUGGAGGUCGUCCAGAGCCAUCGGUGCGAUGGUUAGUCAAUGGUGUCCUUGUAGAUGAGGAGUAUGAACACAACACUGGCGACGUAAUAGAGAACCGGCUGCUAUGGCCGGCUAUUAGACGCGCCGACUACGCAGCCGUGUUCACGUGUCAAGCUGCCAACUCACAUUUGGUGCCCCCGAAAGAGCUUUCAUUAGUACUCGAUAUGUUCUUGAGGCCUCUCACCGUGGAAAUCAAAAAGCCAUCGGAAAUUGGUGAAGGGGGCGUUUUGACUGCCGAGCGAAGAUACGAGGUUGCAUGUGAAUCAGCUGGUAGUCGACCGCCUGCACUCGUCACUUGGCAUAAGGGAAAGAGGCAGCUGAAAAGGAUAACUGUAAGUAAAAACUUAGAAUGA